GUGAACGCUGUGUCGCUCAUGAAGCGCGAGACGGAGCCGUCCAGAGGACAGGAGGGCAGGAGGCAGCCACGAACCCGAUGAGGAGCCGCCGCAGGUAACCGAGCCGAACCGUACAGAGCCGAACCGAACCGAGCCGAGCCGAACACGACUGCUGCUUCUGCAGGUUCUGGUCCAUCAUGCCUAUCGACAUGACUCUACCCGUCUACCUGUCCCAGGAAGACUUCGUCUACUCGCCGCCUCCAUCCUGUCCCCCUGCUCUCGGCUCUUCGUUCAGCAUCGAGUCCUCAGAUGUCAGAUCCUACGAUCGCGGCAGGAAAACCAAGAAGCAGGUGACGUUUGCCGACCACAAAGGUCUGUCUCUGACCAGAGUGAAGGUCUUCUCCGAGUUCAGCGACCCCAUCGACGUCCCUCUGAGUGUCCAGCUGAGCUCGGCUCCAUUGGCCCAACAGGACAAACUGGAGCUGGACUUCAGCCAGCCGUCCUCCGACUACCUGCAGUUCCGCCAGCGGCUGGACGGUGGCCUGGUCUGCCUGGAACACUGCGUUCUGAAGGAGCGAACCUUCGCCGGAACCAUCAAGGUCAAAAACGUGUCCUUUGAGAAGUCGGUGAAGCUUCGCGUGACCUUCGACUCGUGGAGGAGCCACCUGGAUGUGGACUGCAGAUACGUGAAGGACUCGUAUCCCAGCUCGUACAGCGACACCUUCUCCUUCGAGGUGUCGCUGCCGGCCGAGCUGCAGCUCCACGAGCGUGUCGAGUUCGCCGUCCGCUACGAGGUGGACGGCCGGGAGUACUGGGACAGUAACCAUGGUGACAACUACCGCAUCGUGUGGGCAUCGCUGAGGCGCCGCCAGGACCGGCACUCCGACACACGGGACUUUGGGAUUCACUUCGACCGCUACGGCAGCCCCACAUGUUCCCACGGCAUCUUCCCAGACUGGCCGAGCUACGCCGGCUACGAGAACAUCGGACCGUACUACUGACAGGUUCUGACUGGUUCUAGAGCUGAUGGAACAUGAAACGGGUUCCGUCUAGCAGGAACAGGAACAGGAAGGUCGGUUCAGAAGCUGCCUGAGAAUCCGAUCGGAGAACCAGAGCCUGCAGCUGAUCAACAGAGGAGCAGCUCUUCAGCAGGUUCCUGCUUCUCUUCACUGCAGUUGGAAACAAGUUGAAUGUCGACUUGAACAUCUCGUCCUGCAGUCCAAGUCCAGUUUUUACAUUGUUUGUUGGAGUCGCUUUAUUUUUCCUCACCAACACGAGUGACAGGGUUUUACUUUGAUAAUCGGUCGACAAAAUAAAGUUCAGUUUUUAUUCAACAGAGGUUAAACUGAACGUUUCUCAUCAGUUUUUCUGGGACUCGACUUGUUUGUUUAGUUUGUUUCUCGCUGCCAGAUAUGAAGACAGAAGGUAGGAAGCAGUCAGUGUCACCGGCUCUGAAGAUCAGGUUCUGGUGAGUAGAGUUUCUGUAGAUCUGUUUGGACUGUAAACCGCCUGAAGCUGCUGUAAACCUGAAGUGACUUGAGGUGUUUUGUUGGACUGAAGCUGAAUGUUUGGUUCAGAGACUCUGGGAUCACAGUUCAGACUUUAUCUGAUCGGCUGCUGGGCUUCGACUCGUCAGCCUGCAGCUGUUUAAUGUUUCACGGGAUCUGUCAACACGACGAGCUGCACUUUAUCUGCCGUCUGUUUCACAAUCACUGAAAACAUCAGUUCACAGGAGCAGCUUCAGACGGUGUUCAGGAUUCAUCCAACAUUCAGACGUUUCUCUGGACUCUUCUCACCAUGGAUCCGUCUGUGGACUUUCUGUCUGUCUUUAAAUGUCUUUGUGUGUCUGAAAGGAAUCUGAGUUACUUUUAGAGAUUCUGCUUAAUAAAGUUGUUGUAAUGUUUCACAUUUUAAAUUGUUUGUAGCAACAAUCUGUGUCUAAAAUGAUCUGAAGAACAAUAAAAUUUAGAUUUGUA